GGCUCGAGUCUCGAGUUCUUCUGCUGGUGUUGUGCAGUCAGUCGCCCGUCCACGCGCGCUCCGGCCGGUCGGUGUGUGUUGUCGAGUGAGAACACAGAGAGCGAGAAGCCAGGGCCGAACGAGUACGCCGCCACGCCGCCGCCACCCGGAUAUCCCCAGCCGUUUCCGGCGACGAUGCCGUAGAGAGAAUUGCAGUGUGUGUUGUGCGUCGCGUGGAUUUUCUGCCGCGGUCGGACAUGUGAAGUACAGUGCGGGCCAAAGUGCGCAAUACCAGAGUGCCAGUGACAGUGAGCCCCGGGACCACGAUGCUGACCCGCUACAGGAGCAACUUGGAGAUCUUCUUGUCCCCCGAGAAGCAGAGCGGGGACGGCCCUGCCGCAGACAUGGUGCACGACGAGGAGGUGGCGAAGCGCAUCGGGCCCCCGGACCCCCCCGCAGGCCGGCCCGUGGCGGUGUCGGACCCCUCGGGGGGCCUCUGCGCCGUGCUCACGUGGUCGUCGCCGCCCUACGACGGCGGCCGCUGCGUCGACGGUUACGUGGUGGAGGGCCGGACGGAGAGCGAGACCGCCUGGAGGGUGGUGGCCGAGAGGUGCCACUCGCUGUCCGCGGUGGUGCGGGACCUGGCGCCCGGCCGGCGCCACGUGUUCCGGGUCCGCGCCGAGAACGUCCACGGCCUGAGCGAGCCCAGCGCCGCCUCGCUGGCGUACUGCACGCCCGCGCUCACCGAGUGCGUGGAUGAGCCGCCGCCGCCGCCCUUCGCGCCCCGCGUGGUGGCCGUGGAGCCGCUGGACGGCGGCAAGGACGCCGGCAAGGAGGCGGGCUUCGCGGCGCGCUACGAGCUGCUGGAGGAGCUGGGCAAGGGCCGCUACGGCGUGGUGCACCGCGUCACCGAGCGCGCCACGGGCCACGCGCUCGCCGCCAAGGUGAUCCGCACCAUCAAGGCCAAGGACCGGCAGCAGGUGCACGACGAGGUGGCCAUCAUGAACCUCCUGCGCCACCCCAAGCUGCUGCAGCUGCAGGCCGCCUUCGAGGGCCCCCGGGAGAUGAUCAUGGUCAUGGAGUACAUCUCUGGCGGCGAGCUGUUCGAGCGCGUCGUGGCGGACGACUUCACCCUCACGGAGCGCGACUGCAUCCUGUUCAUGCGCCAGAUCUGCGAGGGCGUCGACUACAUGCACCAGAACCAGGUGGUGCACCUCGACCUCAAGCCGGAGAACAUCAUGUGCCAGACGCGCACGUCGCACCAGAUCAAGCUCAUCGACUUCGGGCUGGCGCAGAAGCUGAGGCCGGACACGCCCGUGCGCGUGCUGUUCGGCACGCCCGAGUUCAUCCCGCCGGAGAUCAUCAACUACGAGCCCAUCGGCACCGAGUCCGACAUGUGGAGCGUGGGCGUCAUCUGCUACGUGCUCCUGUCCGGGCUCUCGCCCUUCAUGGGGGACAACGACGCGGAGACGUUCGCCAACAUCACGCGGGCCGACUUCGACUUCGACGACGAGGCCUUCGACGCCAUCUCGCAGGACGCGCGGGAGUUCAUCAGCGCCCUGCUCGCCAAGCGCAAGGAGAAGCGGCUGACCGCGCGCCAGUGCCUCGAGCACCCCUGGCUGGCCCAGCAGCCCGCCAGCAUGAGCUGCAUCGCGCUCAGCACCGACAAGCUUAAGAAGUUCAUCAUUCGCAGGAAGUGGCAGAAAACGGGCAACGCGAUUCGCGCGCUGGGCCGCAUGGCCACGCUGUCCGCGGCCAGCCGCCGGAACUCCGCCGCCAGCGCCGCCAGCUCCGGCAUGAGCACGCCGAGGCACAGCGUGUCGGCCAGCCCCGCCAGCCCCGUGCUGCCCCGCGCGGUCCUCCUCCUGGGCAAGGAGGACAGCCUGGACGAGGAGCCCGUCGUGGUGCCGCCCAAGGAGGACCCCGCCGAGGCCGCCACCGACGUGCCGGCCGUGGAGGACGCCGCCGUGGAGGAGGCCCUGACGGCCACCUUGCUGCCGCGCGGACGCCUUCGCAGCGAGCGCAGCGACUCGGGCAUCAGCGACUGCUCGUCGGCGUCCUCGCGCCAGCUACCCGCGCCCUCCGCGCUCCUCGGCAAGAAGUUCUCCAUCUCCGAGGAGGUGGACGAGCAGGUCCUAGAGGCCGUCCCCGCCGCGCCUGCACCCAGCAGGCCCACUCACCUGCCGCUAGCCGCAUCCGAGCCGAAGCCCCCGCUUGCUAACCCCAGUGUGUCGAGUGCCGUAACCGCCACCCUCCCCGCCAUCCAUGACGCCAGCACGGUCCACAGGAAGUCUGCCGCGCUGCUGCAGCACCUCGGUUCUAACCCAAGUCUCUCUCCUGCAGCAACAGCAGCUGCCGCCGCAGCCGCCGCAGUCCCCGGUGCCGCAGCGGCCGAGCGCAAGGGCGAUGCCGGCCUCGCUGCUGCAGGCCACUCCCCUCAUAAGGCAGUUGGCGUGAGCAGGGGCAGGGCGGCCAACGGCGUGGCGCCGCGCUCGCCCACCAAGGCCGCCAAGGCCGCCAUGGGCCUGGGCUUCGUCGAGUCCAAGAUCAAGUCCCUGGAGAGCCGCAGCUCGUCCGGGUCGCUGCACGCCGGCACCGCGGUCAAGGCGGUCGUGACGGUCAAGGAGCCCCCGGUGCGCGUCAGCCUUCGCGACACCUGGCGCAGUCCCAGCAGGACGCAGAGCCCUGGCCGGAGGGUGCCAGCGCCGAGCCCCAGCAGGGGCAGGGACUUGGCGCCUAGCCCCCACAGGAGUAGGGACCUGGCGCUCAGCCCCAGCAGGAGCAAGGACUUAGCAGUCAGCCCCAGCAGGAGCAGGAACCUGGCGCUCAGCCCCAACAGGAGCAGGGACUUGGCGGUCAGCCCCAGCAGGAGAGAGGCCCUUAGCCCGAACAGGAGGGACGCGCUGAGCCCCACUCGAAGGAACGACCGGCUGACCCCCAGCAAGAGUCCUGUCAGGAAGGACCUGACCCUGACCCUGAGCGCCAGCCCCAGCAGGAGAGACGCCCUGAGCCCCAGCAGGAGAGCAGGUGCCCCGUCCAGCCAAAGCCCCUCCAGCCCAGACGGCCCCCGGCGCGGCGGCCGAACCAGGCUGUCGCCCGCGGCGUCCCCCACGACGCCGUCCCCGCGGAAGGCGCCCCUGGACACGGGCCUGGGCAGGAAGACUGCAGCCAUCGGCCAGGACUCGCCGCCAAAGUCGCCCACGCUGCGGCGCAUGCUGGCCCCCAACAAGCUGGGCGCGCACAGCGCCGGCUUCCAGAAGACGCUCGAGUUCUGGAACCGGUAGCUGUAGCGCACAUCGCCACGACUGCCGGGACGUGGAGUGAACUAAUUGGCUUGGCUUCUGCUGGGAUUUGAACCCGUGAUUGUUACCGGCACUGGCUCAGACGUGUUUGACUCUAUCUGGUGUGCAAGGGAACGGGAAACUAGUUGAGGUUCAAAUCCCAGCAGAACAGUGCAAAUUUUUCCUAUCUUGUGAUUUGAAAUAAUUAAUAAUUGCUGACCUUUACUUUUAAGAAUCACUUUUUAAGAUCUAACGAUUUGAUUAUUAUGUUAUUUGUUUUUAUUACGAGUGACCUGUAAAUAAGGAGUGUGUUUGACGUUGUAUCCGCUGUAUGCCUUUCUCUGUGACAUUUAGUAAAGUUUAUUUAGAUUUA